CCAUCCAUGGGGUGUGGUACUCUCACCGUCUCACGUAGACCCAUGGAUGGUGUGAAAUGAGGUUGGAUGGUUUAGCUGGCUAGAUAUAUAGGAUCCAAAUUCAUUUCCUCCCUCUAUUUAUACCCACAUCGAUGUGAGAAACACAAAACAGUAGCCCUUCAAACAAAAUCAGCAAUGGAUUCCAGAGUAUAUAUGUCCCUUCUUAUUGUCCUCCUCUUCGCCCUUGUCUCAGGUUUCUUCUUACGCGGCUUGUCACUUACCUUCAUGUUCAAAAACAACUGUGGUUACACAGUGUGGCCAGGCACAUUAACAGGAGAUAACAAGCCCCAACUUUCUUCAACUGGUUUCGAGUUGGCCUCUGGAGCUACAAAUUCCAUAGAUGCCGCAGCUGGAUGGUCCGGCAGGUUCUGGGGUCGAACAUAUUGCUCAUCUUCAACUGGAAGUACUAAAUGUGAAACCGCAGACUGUGGCUCAGGCCAAGUUGCAUGCAAUGGGGCAGGAGCAAUUCCACCGGCCACCUUGGCGGAAUUCACUAUAGGGAGUAAUAGUGCAGACCAGGAAUUCUAUGAUGUCAGUCUUGUUGAUGGAUUUAACUUGCCACUCUCAGUGACCCCACAAGGUGGAACUGGUGAUUGCAAAACAGUGGGAUGUUCAGCUAAUGUGAACUCAGUUUGCCCUUCCGAGUUGAGUGCAAAGGGGUCUGAUGGGACUACAAUUGCUUGCAAAAGUGCCUGCACUCAAUUUGGCAACCCUGAGUAUUGUUGCACUGGAGCCUUUAAUACUUCUCAGACUUGCAAACCCACGAAAUACUCUCAAAUCUUCAAGGGUCAGUGUCCUCAAGCCUACAGCUACGCAUAUGAUGAUCCCACAAGCACAGCUACAUGCACCGGUGCUAAUUACCUUAUCACCUUCUGCCCUUGAAGUGGAUGAUUUCAUCAGUUUGGAUUCAGAAAUUAAUUAAUUAAAUGCAUAGAUAGCACAUGAUAUAUGGAACCAAGCAGAUCGAGCAUUAAGAAUAAGAGAGAUAAAUCUAUAACAUUGAUUGUACUUGGGCCAUGUAAUUUGUAAUUAGCUAGGUACAAUUCUUUCCAUUAGAUUGUAAGCUUACACUUUCAUAAAUAAAAGUGUGGGGGUUAUCCCUCGGAAAAAAAUCGUUUGCAAUUCCGAUCUCGUACAAUUUCAUACAAUACCACCUUCAGGCGGUGACACGUGUAUUGAUACUAAUACAAUGGUUCAGAUAUG